AUGACUACGGUAGUAAUGCCACCUGACAAGUAUAACGCGGGAGCAAGCGUCGCUAUGCGCACUCGACCACUACUACACUACAAGGAUCUAGGAUUGGUAACACAAAAUCGAAAAAUUCGUUUUACAUGUGUAUAUGCAUCUGAAAACUUUCUCGCCUGUGGCUCGAAUCAUGGCAGUGUCUAUUUGUAUGCAACAUCCGUAUUGAGUCGCACCGAUGGCGAGCAUCGUGUUGCAGCAGCAUCGGCCAAGUAUCACCUAGUCAAGAUGAUUACACCACUACCAAGUACUGACCGCGUAGCUCUCACGUGUCUAAGUAUCUGUCCACAGCAGAAACAUCUCGUCAUUGGCUCAAUGCGUGGCAUUGUUUAUGCAAUACAAUUGUCAGAUUACCAUAAAAUUGGUGAAAAGGUCGAGUUCUCGCAUGAUUUUCAUGCAGGAUUCCCUAUUACCUCUUUUCUAUGGGAUCAACGUGGUGCAAGACUCUUUUCCGCCUGUAAUGGUGGUCUUGUGUGUCAAACUGUCUUGCGUGCUGGUAUGUCAGCAAUAUUUGGCACUACGGACACAGAAUUACUGCUCAAGGAAGAGACAGGAAUUGUACAGCUAGAUCUUGCAAAAAACGACCGCUCAUAUCUCCUAAUGGUAUCGUCACAGCUACGUGUUGUGCUGUUAAAUCUGACGUCUGAAAAUAGUAGUGCUGUUCAAAUUGGCACAAAGGCACGGCAAGGCGCCUAUGGAGCUUGUUUUUUUACCAGUCUUAACGUUGAGUCGAUUGAUCCGGCGAAGAAACGUGAGAUGAAAGUGUUCUCGUCACGACCAGGACGACGUGUGUGGAUUGCAGAUCCACAAUCAGGUGCAGUGUCAUCGACGCUGAAGUUUUCUCUCACAAAGAACCCUACAUCAUUUUUACAAAGUCCAGGGUGCGCUAAGGAAGAAGGAAUUUUACCUCGGAAUUUAACCAUUAAUAGGCUUGGUCGCUUUCAGUUUAUACAAGAUCCUCCUUAUGCACCGCAAGAUGUCAAAGACGCUACCACGUUGCUGGUAAGCUGGAAUGUUGGAUCAAGCGUAUUAUUCUUUCUCGACCCUUCUACCGUUGAAAUAGUCGAGUGGCACUUGGACUUGGGUAUUAUUCACGACUUGAAGAUUGUAAACGAAACAACGUUAAUAGUGCUACAUGGUGAUGUUCCAAAAGUGUCGUUAGUCCAGUCCUGUUCAGCCGACCAGUUUCUCCAGAUUUACGGCUCGGAUGACAUGAAAAAGACCGUUGAGCUUGCGGUCGAGUUCAAUUUAAAUGACGCUAAGGUGGUGGAUUCACUAUAUACUCAGUGGCUGGCUUAUAUUGAGAAACUUGGCACUAAAAGCGAGGUGUAUGACGAGUUGACUGCAUCUCUAGAGGCACUUUUGAAAUCUGCUCGGGCGCUGGAGAAGGAGUAUAGAGUGGCAGAUGAGUCUGUCUUUUCAACACCGCUUGAUUCACAACCAUUGCAAAUUAUAUUCAAGCAACGACCGCAACAAGCAAUAGCUGCGGCUGCUACGAAUUCAGCCGAUGUGUUUUCCAACCAGAAAGACACAACGGGCACGAAAGUGACGCUGACAUACGGCAGCACUUUACACAAGCCAAUUGAAUACUUUGAUGUGCUUGCAUCGUCAGAUCAAUCUUAUUGCAAAAGUAUUUGUGCGCCCGAUGGAUCCAUUAUGGAGGCUAGAUUGACGUACAUUUCAGAGCUGCCGCGGUCAGCUUCUGUGCUCAGUGAUGACUUUUGUGAAAAUUAUAUGGAGGAGGUUAUGGAAGCGAUGAAACGGUGUGAGCAAAUGCGGAAUGCUGAAGGUUCCAUGAAAAUGAAUAUCUUACCAACGCUAAGAGGUGGGUCAACGGCAGCAGCAAAGGCGUUUUCAACGUUUAUCCCAGGCAGCAGCAUGCUUACACAUCUAAUGGACGGAUCUAUGAUCAAAGAUCCAUUUCGCCGCUCGGAUGCAUCCAGUAUUUUCAGUGAUUUUCCCGAGUUCGAUAAUGAUGAAUUGGUAAUCGAUCCGGAUCCGCGUCUGCUUCAGCGAAGAUACAGUCAUGGUCAGAUGUUUAAUACUCAUGCCCAUGAAUGCUCAGUGCUGCGAAUUGCUAUGUCGACAAUAGGAGAAGAAGAUGGAAGCAAUUUGGACACUGAGGUCCUGCUAGAAGCGAUUUCGAUGGAUAUCUGGGAUUCUGACCUUAGGUACACGUCAAACUUGCCUAUCAGUGAACAGCUAAACCUUCCGGAAAACUCAGUGGAUGUAAAUGAACAUGCAAGCACACCUCUUGAAAGAGAUGUUCAAGCAACGAGCAAGAUUCAUGAUGCAGAAAAUGAAGGAAAAAUUGUACUGCGCGAAGCAAAACCAGCUUUGUUGAAGGUGCAAACGUCUAUUGCAACAGAAUUGUCUGCUCAGUCCAUCUUCGGCAACACAACCAGCCAACGAUUUGCGCACCAAACAUCAAUGUCUCCGAACACUGAACGUGCAGCCCAACGCUCAAUUCGUAGACACUUUGGAGCAAUUCCGAGCUGUAAGGUCAAGCUUAGAUGUAUGGUAGGUGGUCAGGUCGCUGUAUCGCCGGAGUUAGAACCUAUCAUUCGACGCGAUGUCAGCGAACUUGCUUCCGAACUUGACGCAGCUUCCGCUACAGCUGAGAAAAGUAAACAGCUCACGCGAAGACUAUGGCCGGCAUCUGGAAUCACAAGAGUAUGUGCAUGCCUUACGAACGUAUACUUGCUUCAAGGUGACGUGGAUCAAGUACAAAGGACAAUCCGUUUGUGGUUGAAUUGCUUUGAUCCAAGUGCACAACACGAAGAUCCAGAAGGAAGUGAGAGUUACACCAAGCAUAAGAAUGAGCUGACUAGUGCGUCUGUGGUGACUGGCUUUGCCCGCGGCGAGGCGCUUGUAGAUGGCGAUGGCCUGCCGCUAACGAGAGGUGAUUGGAAUCUAGUGCGAGCGUUGGUAUCAAUAUAUUUCGCUACCUGGGCUGCUGGACCGAAAUUGCAUUUCCACCCUUUGAACCCGAAGAGUCAAGCGAAUAGUGAAUUUUGUCGAUUGUAUGAAACUGAAAUGGGGAUUGCAAUGACACUGGAACAACGCUACAAGUGGGAUGGUGCUGGAGACGAUUUUGAUACUGAGUUAGCCACGGCAGAUGAAGCCGAAGCGUUUGUAGCCAAAUACGGUGUAUAUAUUAAUCCGGACCUAGCCGCUGAAGUGUGCAACCUACGGCAAUUUACGGGUGCACUAAAAAUGGUACUAGACGAAGUCGUGUCCAGCGCUGAUAUGGAGGAAAUAUGUAAUGAUAUUGUGACUUGGAUUUCAGACGAGGAGAGUGGUAAGGUUGUUGCAGCAAUGAAAGAGCGCAAUUCGUUGUGCUUGCUGCUCCACUUACUUGAUAUUUUGCUGAAGAAGUGUCCCCGGGACACUAUAAAUCUGUGUGUGAGUAAGUAUCCGGUAUUGUACCCGUGGAACAUUGAGCAGGCCCUAUUUGGAACAAAGCUAGACUGGGUCUCAGGUGAAGACAGAAAUGGCAUACGCAAAUUUUUUCGAGCAAACGCAGUGGCACAGGCAUCCAAGUACUUUCGAUAUCUUGUGCGGCUUCUGGAAGAGAGGGGUGACGAAGCCGGUAAAGAUGCACAAGUGGUAAGUCGAUGCUUGGACCUGUGUUUCGCAGGGAGUGCGGUGGUUGGGGACGUGUUUGGCCAUGAGGAAAGGCCAGGCCGCAUUGAGUGGAUUGCGGCACUUAUUCGUCAACCCAAUCGGUUCAUCUACGAUCACGCGCAGUGCUGGAAUACGUUUGUAAAUAAUAAUGCGCUUCUCCCUCUGCUAGAGUUGACGAUAAUAUCGCUGCAAAAUGAGUGUGGCUCCACCGAACUUGACCGUGGAUUUGAUGAAUUGUUUGAAUUGGUGGCCUUAAUUAUGAAGAGCAAAGAGCUGCCAGUUUUCAAUGCACUCUUUGAAAGGGUGGCUGUGCUACCACGCAGCUCAGAGAGGUGUUUGUGCAGUAUUUUGAGUCAGAUUCAAAUGUCCGUGUCCGUUGAGAAUUGUAACGAGCUCUUAUGCUCUGCGGUCAUCCACGCCCUUUUGAGCUCGGUAAAUCUUGGAUACGGAAUGCGCCUCCUUGGUCAAUUUCCUCUGCUAUUUGCUGCCACCCCGCUGCAAACAUAUCGCGCCAUUGUUGAGACACAUGUACUCACCGAGCGCCAAAAGUACGAGAUUGUGCAAAUGUUGGAGAUUGUGGACACAAACAUGUGGGCAUCGUACAAAGAAGAUGUGUCAGCCACGAGCUCAGUAUCUUUCGCGCCUCAGCUUGCUGCUAUUCUGCAGCUCGAGAUGGGCGCGCUUUUCCCAGCUGUGAACCAAGAGCAAUAUGAAAUGUGGGAAAACAAGUGCAAACAGUACGAUGGGGAGGUGACGACACAUCGAUUAGAAAAGGAACAGGAAACAAGAACAAACAGUAGGCUUCUUUGCAGACAAAAUAGCACUCAGCGUGGAAAGAAUUGCAAUGCAGCAUCGAGGACGCUGGCAGGUGUGACACCAAUGGCCUGUCGAUCGUUUGAAUGUCGUAAUAGUGACUGGGGCGGUGAAGUGCAGUUGCACGAUUCCACAUGCGGGACGUGUGAACUUCCUGUAGUGCUUAUUUGUGACAACAAUGCCAAUUUGGACGUAGUGUUGCUUCCAUGUGGCCAUGCUUUCCAUGACAAUUGCUUGGAAGAUGCCUCCUGUCCAAUCUGCCUCGAAGCAAAUUUGAACACGCUGGACUGGUCUUGA